CUGGUCGUUUGCCUCCGAGCUGAGAGCGACACAUGAACGCAGUCUGACAGUUAGUGAAGUUUACUCUGUGCUCGGCCUUUCUCCGGCUCCUGACAUCUUUACCAAACCUUCAAUCUUCACCUUACCAACUCAUGACACCUCAGCCGGACUUCACGCUGUCAAAGUGACAACUUUGAGUUCCUGGAAGAAGCGGUGAAAAGGCUUACUACUCGUACGACUCCAUGUGCUCCCACUUCAUGAUGUGAGACUCAUGGCCGGACUGAAACUCAGCACUGAACAUCCUCCCUCCUGCAGGGUACACGGACUGCAUUCCUGUGUUUCCACUGUCCUUUGGAUCAUGUAAUACACCCCAACACUGGCAUUUCACUGUGAGCACAGCGAGAUCAAAUCCAGCUACAGGUCUGACUGAAUUAUCCACCAGCCUGGGAAUUUACAAUGUGAGCUCAUUAGUGACAUUUAGCUACCCUGGUUUGUGUAGGUAGAUCUGCUGGCCUGUGCUUGUAUUCUAUUUUAAGGUCAUUACUCACAGAUGACGAUAAUUCCACAGUGAACUUGACAAAAUGGCUCAAUCCUAGGUUAUAUUCUUUGCCGACGAUGUUGUAAUUUACCCUGUGUUGUUGCAAUGGCCGUUGCCACCCCUCUGGAGAAGGAUCAGCCUCUCCUCCAGCUCCAAAAAGUGGACUCUAGUCGAGUUGGAAGUUGCGUCCUCUCCCCCAUCCUGUCCUCCCCCACAGAAACAAACCAGCCUAUCUGCAUCCCCUCCCCUUACAAUGAUCUCGGCCAUGACUUUACCACCAUACCUUUCUACAGUCCAACUAUCUUCAGUUAUGCUGCUCCGGGUAUAUCAGACUGCCCCUCCGUCCAUGGGUCAAUAAGCCCGUCCAUAUUCUGGCCCAGCCAUGGCCACGUUGGGGCCCCCAUACCCCUACACCACACCCAGGCUCGGUCUCAGCACGGACAGCCGAUUCAGUCCCCAUCUCAAUGGGUGGAGCUGUCGCAGAUAGACACCGUCUUAUCAACCAGUAAAAGUGUGAGGAGGCGUUCUCAGGAAAACGAGGACGAGGUGGUGUCAUCCGGUGGGAAGGCAGACCUCCACUACUGUGCUGUGUGUCACGAUUACGCCUCAGGAUACCACUACGGCGUCUGGUCGUGUGAGGGUUGUAAAGCCUUCUUCAAGAGGAGCAUCCAAAGACACAAUGACUACAUCUGCCCUGCAACUAAUCAAUGCACUAUAGACAAGAACCGCCGUAAGAGCUGCCAGGCAUGUCGCCUUCGCAAAUGCUACGAAGUCGGCAUGACAAAGUGCGGUAUUCGAAAAGAGCGUGGAAACUUCAGGACCCCUCAGGCCAGACGAGUCCGACCGUCCUCCCAAAGCAGCACUAACAACCCAGCGGUGUUAAAUGGACCAGCUGCGGUUUUGUUGAGCGCACCCCGUCCUCCUGCACUGACCCCAGAGCAGCUGAUAGAGAGAAUAAUGGAGGCCGAGCCGCCAGAGAUCUACCUCAUGAAGGACAUGAAGAGGCCGCUGACUGAAGCAAACAUCAUGAUGUCGCUCACCAACCUGGCUGAUAAGGAGCUGGUUCACAUGAUCAGCUGGGCCAAAAAGAUUCCAGGGUUUGUCGAGCUUAGUCUGGUGGACCAGGUGCACCUGUUGGAGUGCUGCUGGUUGGAGGUUCUGAUGGUGGGACUGAUGUGGAGGUCAGUGGACCAUCCAGGGAAACUCAUCUUCUCCCCUGACCUCAGCCUGAGCAGAGAGGAGGGGAGCUGUGUUCAGGGCUUUGCUGAGAUCUUUGACAUGCUGAUCGCUGCCACGUCCAGAGUGAGAGAGCUGAAGCUGCAGAGGGAGGAGUAUGUCUGCCUCAAGGCCAUGAUCCUCCUCAACUCCAACAUGUGCCUCGGCUCCUCAGAUACCAGCGAAGAGCUGCAGAGUCGCUCUAAGCUUCUUCAUCUACUGGACGCCGUAACGGACGCGCUGGUGUGGGCCAUCGCCAAAACUGGUCUCACCUUCCGCCAGCAGUACACCCGCCUUGCCCACCUGCUCAUGCUGCUUUCACACAUUCGCCAUGUCAGUAACAAAGGCAUGGACCACCUCCACUGCAUGAAAAUGAAGAACAUGGUGCCUUUGUACGACUUGUUGCUGGAGAUGUUGGACGCCCACAUCAUGCACAGCUCCCGUCUGCCUCGCCAGCCCCCCCAGCAGGACUCCAAAGGCCAGGAGGAGGGUCCUGUGGGAAGCGGCCCCUCAAAUACCUGGACUCCCUGCAGCACCGACUGUAGAGGUGAACCGCAGUAGUCCUGUGAAGUGUAUUUAAACACUUUGCACAGUUGAGAAGAAAAAAGAGACUUUAACCUGAACUCUGCAGGGCGCUGAAGUCUGCGAACUCUAAAAGGUGAAUUUUAAUCUUUGACACUCGUGUGCACUGAAUCUGAUGAACUUUUCUAACCAGACAGACCAAACUUGCCAUAUUCAUUGCCUUACCACCACAUGAUGAAGCCAGAGUGAUACAGGAAGAGGAGCAAAUACACCUUAUUUGUCUAGUAGCACCAGCACUCCCUUAGAUAUUCACUUCAUAUGUUGCUGAGAUGAUUCUCUUGAGCUGAGCAGCUUACUGCAUAUCAGAUCAGAUGAACCAUAUUAUGUCCAGCACAAGAUGUUUCAGGCAUCACAGGAUUCCUUUGAAGAAAAACAAUGGAGACAGACCCGUUAGAGCAAAGAUUUAGAGCUUUUAGCUAGACAGUAUCAGAAAAACUCCAUGAAGCAUGCAAAGACAAUUAGAUAAAUACAGUUGUGCUCAUAAGUUUACAUACCCUGGCAGAAUUUAUGAUUUUUUGUGGCCAUUUUUCAGAGAAUAUGAAUGAUAAGAGAAAAUAUUUUUUCACUCAUGGUUAGUGGUUGGGUGAAGCAAAAUGUUUAUCUAACAACUGUGUUUACUCUUUUUAUAUCAUAAAGACAACAGAAACUACCCAAUAAACCAUACAUUCUGCCAGGGUAUGUAAACUUAUGAGCACAACUGUAUAUAAACAACAAUUUUUCAACAAUUGAAUCAGGAUCAGAGCUGUCACUUCUUUGAUCCUCUGUAUCUGGUGUUUCUCUGGAGGUCUGACUGAGAAUGCUGUGCGUCAGAUGAUAAAAAAAAACAUGGCCAUAAAAAAUAAUAUUUAUUCCUCUGUUUUGUACAAGUAUUCACCAGCUGCAACUACUUGAUGAAAUCCUUACAGAGAGAUAUAUUGCAUUUUAUUGACCACUUCUAUGAAAGGAAGUCAUGCCUUCAAUUAUUGAGUUAUUGUAGCUACAGAGAACUCACUUAACCAGAAGAAAACAAACCUUUCUAUCAAGUCAUUUAACCUUUAAAAAUGUUAAGCAACGAAAUUCCACACAAAACUUGAUUCAAAUUUAAAAUAAAUACAUGUAAUACAUGAUAAUAGAGCUAUAAUAAUUAGCUUGCCAAGUAUUUCAACAAGGAGAUGGACACUCAUCUCAUAUCUCUAUGCUAUAUAAUAAGCUACAGCUAACAGCUAGUUAGCUAUGCUUAGCUAAGUGUGUUGAUGAUACUAAAGUAGUAUGAUUAAGUCUUGAUAGUAUCAUCCUACAUUUUGGUGAUAAAGCUAAUAUAUGUAUUUAUUAAGAGUUAAAACGGAUUGACAAUUCUCAUUAUUAUGCUAAAAAUAUGAAGCUGUCUUAGCACAAUGACUAAACAAUUCUAAAUUGUAAUGGAGCAUACAUCUUAGAGGUUUAGCACUACAUUUUGGUAACCUAGCUAAUUAACUGAAGUGUAUGGGUUUUAUGAGAAGAUAGACUCAUCUUUAUCUUUCUGAUAAAUACAGCCAGCAGCUAGCUAGCUUAUCUAAACAGUCUGACACAGGUAAAAACAGCUAGCAAAGCUCUAUCUAAAUUUGACCAGUCUACAAACAGCUAUGAAGAUCAAUCAUUUCUAACAAUUUUUCACUUUUCUUAUCAUAUUUUUUUGUUCUUUCCUGUAAAAAAAAAAAAACCCAACAUAACUUGUAUACUCUUUUAAAAAAAUCGACUUUGUUCAAUCUUUAUUAUAAGCACAUAAAGUAGGCUUUAAACUUUGUUUGGGCAUCAUAUUUAGUAAGCAGGUGUAUGACAGUGUAUUACGUCCACUAUGAAAGAAUAAAACAAAUUAGAAUAAGUACAUUUUCAAGAGAAAAACUUAAAAAUGUUGAGUUUAUUAAGACGCAAAUCUAUGAGAAAUCAAACUCGAAAAUCUAACUCAAGCUGCCAUAUACCUACUUGACAACCUUAUCAAAUUGUACUUCCUACUUGGACUCAGCAAUAAGGAGACACUACUGAUUCUAGCCCAGAAUCAUCAAAUUAUUAUAAGCAUCUGGACUUUGAAAAGACAUUGCCGUAUAUUGGGGCUGUUCAGAAGAAAGCAGCACACUGAUCUGGAGGAGGUGAUUGCGUUUAUCUAACAAGAAUAAAUUAGAAUUAGUGCAUUAUCGAGAAAAAAACUUAAAAUUUAAAGUUUUCUUUCUCAAUUUUUUUAAAAUUUUACUUCCGUAAGUGGUCCUAAUACACUGUCGUACAGGUGUUUUAUUUCAAUCUUUUUUAAUUGUUUUCAAUGGAAGAAAGCAAACAUACUGAAUGCCCCUAAAAUAUUAUUCACAUUUUAUUUUCAGUAUCCUCAACAAAAAAUGACAUUUACUGUGAUAUGAGACUUUCUGUGGCAGGAAUGAUACGCUUGUGCCUUUUUGAGAAACUAUAAAUUGUGUUGGCAUUCAACAUGCUUUUAACUUUUGCUUAAAGUUAAAACAGCAGACAGUUUUUACUGUCCGUCACAGCUGUAGAGGUUCUUGCUUCUUGGUAUAAAGACAGAAAACCUCUCAAAAAGAAUAAGAUGAGAUCUGAAAAUGUAUACAAUUAGAAAGCUUGCUGAACAUGGGCUGUAUUGAUAAGGCACUUGGACAUGAUUCACUUAAAAUAAGCUAACUCAACAAAAUACAGAACAUCUGUAUUGUGGCUGUUUAGAGCUUUGUUGCAUCACAGCAGACCUCCUGUUGACCACUAGAGAGCGCUUCACGGCUCACACACUCAUUGGUGUUACUGUCAUACCUGUGAAAAAUCAUAACCACUAUUUCUCUUUUGACAACAUUGCACUCAUAAAAGUAAAGCUUUGCUUGGAGAAAAAGGGGUAUUAUUUUUGUAUCUUAAAACUUACUGCAGUAUCUUUUUGUGCACAUUUGUGAUGCAGCUUUGACAAUCAGGAUUAUUGUAAGAAGCAUAUUAACAUAUGUAGACUUCAGAAGCAACCCUCUAUGAGCACCAGUUCUGUCCUGUGCAUUCUGCCUUACUUCUGACCACACUGUUCAUCAGCGUAUAAUGAAAACUGUUCAAUCACUCUAUACUCACAUUUGCUCCAUGUACCUUUCAUGAAAAGAUGGUCAGACUGUCCCCAUCAUAUAUAUUCUUCAUGUCUAGGCCAGGCUGCAACAAUGGGGCAUAUCCAUGGUCUAAAACCAAGUCAGUCCUGACUUGAUUUAAUUUGUUCGAUCUCAUUCUUGAGCUGUACUCUCCAAAACUAGGCCUUCGUCUUUCUGAAAAUCUCCAAAGUCAGCUGUUGAAAGUUCCUUAAAAUUCCUGGGACUGCUUCAGAAAACUCCUUAGAAAGUUACGGAUAUUUCCCUGGAAAGUUUCUGAUAAUUCAAGGACACUUUCUGAGAAUCUCCAGAAAAUGUUCCUGGAAAAUCACAAUAUUUUCCCAGGAACGUUUUUUAAAAAUUCCCAAGAAAUUUCCCAGGAAAGUUGCCAAAAUGUUAUGACAGGAGAGCUUUGUAAAAAAUCCCAAAUAAAUCUCAGAAAAUGUAAUUUCCGAGAAUUUUUCUGAACAUUCUCUGGGAUUUUACUCAAAAUUUCCUGGAAAAAAUCUCAAAAUUAUGAAAAGAUUCCCAGGAAUGUUUCUGCCAAUUUCCAGUAAAGUCUCCAAAAAUUACCAAAUAAAAAUCUUUAAAUAACUAAGGAUAUUUCCUGUGAAUUGCAAGGAAAUUUCCAGAAACGUUCUGAGGAUUCAUACUGUUAAGCAAAAGCCAAAGGCAUGUUGGCAUUCACAUGGAUGAGCUCUGCUAAGACCAGACUCAGUUUAGACCAGCUGUACAUUGUUCAGAGACUGGUUCAACAAAAAAUAACUCUGCAGUUUAGGCCAGGUUUUGGUUAGCAAUUAUUUCAUCCCAGUCCUCAGGGUUAAAUUGUAUCAUUAAGUUGUUGUUGGUUAAACUGGUGUAUUGUCAGUCAGUUAUAAAACACAAGCUUCAGUUUGUUUAUCCACUUUGUAAAUCAUCAGCCAGUAUUGAAGUGUUUGGUCCCAGUUUUACUGUCCUAUGAAUUUUGCAGCUGGUUGUUUGUUCUCAUUGUAUGUUUAUACAUUUACAUAUUCUCUGUUUGUUACAUUAUAAAAUAAAGCAAACAUGUUAUACAGGUGA